UCGAGGAAAAACCUACCCCUUUCCGUCAACAAUCUCGGGACAGAAAAUCCAGCGACAUGAAAGCCGUGGGUGAUGAUCCAGUGGAUGACCGAGGGAAGGCUGGGAGAGAUAAAAAAUCUUCAAACAACUCGAGCGAAGUUGUUGAUAUCGACGGCAGUUCUGUAACAAUUAUUGAAAACCGCCCAUUUACAACGUUUUACACUCAAGAAACUCCCCAGGGAAAAGCUGAAACUCCAGAAACUGAAAAGUGGGGUGAUUUUGCACAAAACACAAGCCUUCAUGGUUUCCGAAACAUGUUUUUUCGGGCAUCUCUUUAUGUGCGAAUACUGUGGCUUAUCUUACUACUGGCCUCAACUGGUUUGAUCUUGUAUUUCAUGUAUAGAAGCUUUAGCAAGUAUUUUCAAUACCCCAUUGCCACGGUCAUGAGGAUCCAAUACCCAGAUACAAUGGUUUUUCCUGCAGUUACUUUGUGCCCCAUGACAAAGUUCACGAAAAACAAAAUUUUCAUGACAGACGAUGACGUAAUGUUUCAAUCAUUGGGGCUAGACUUACCCGUUUGUAAUGCAACAGCGCAUGUCAGAAAGGGAAGGCCAUGUGGAGAAGCCCUACUAUGCUGUUGCGCAUCUUACUUCCAAGACGUUUCUGUGGCUCUCAGUAACUGCACCGAAGAAUACAAGAGAGAACUUCUUGAUGUUAUAAUGAAAGACAAGAAAUCUUUCAAUGACAAGAAAUUCCAGGAAGCCUACGGUCCAAACCUGCAGAGAAAUCUAGCAUGCCGUUUCGGCUUACUGGAUUACAGGUGUUCUGGGAAGGAUUUUUUACCUACUGUAACAGAGCUGGGGCUCUGCUUCACUUUCAACUCAGGGCGGAAUGACAAGGAAAUAAAGAAAGUGUCUCGUAGUGACUCAGCACGGGAGCUACAUUUAGAAUUAGAUCUUCACUUGGAUGACCAUUUGGCUGGGUUUUUCUCUGAGGGGAUCUUCGUCAUUAUCCAUGAUCAGGGAGUAUAUAUAAACUCUGCAGAUACUGUUCUUGUAGCCCCCGGGAGUUAUGUUCGCAUCAACGUCAAACGAAAAGUGUAUCGCAACAAGAAAAGUCCAUAUGAGACAAAAUGCACCGAGACAAAAAAUCUUGCUGGUUUCCUAAAGUACGACUCUGACGGAUGUUAUUACGAAUGCUUGUCAAACACAACAGGGAAGAAAUGUGGCUGUAGGCUACCUUCUCUCGUUGACUCAGAUCGCAUGAGCGAGAGGAUCUGCUUCAGGGAUGACUUUCCGUGUGUCUUUAAGGUGUAUGAAGACUUGGUCAGCGGUAACCAGUGUGAAUGCCCCCUCGCUUGUGAAGUGGUCAAAUACGAGACAAAAACAUCUGCUGCAGCCUUCCCAAGCCCACUGCUGAUCAAACACUGGAAAAUGCAGGGAGUUAAUAAGACUGAUGACUACCUCAGAAAGAAUCUGAUAAUGCUUCAAGUUGGCUACACCUCCUUAAGUUAUGAACACUUUAAGCAAACAUCUCAGUACGACAGUACUGCACUCAUGGGAGAAAUUGGUGGUACCCUUGGAUUAUUUCUCGGCUGCAGUGUUCUAACUGUCAUUGAAUUUAUUGACUUCGCCAUCUACUUGUGCUACAUUCGAAAGAAGAAGACCUCCUGAUAUCCAAGCUGUACUCUGUUAAUUAAGCACUUAACUGAGGUUCGAAGGUGAACCCUAAAGGUUAUUUACCGAAUGAGUCACCAUCCGUUUAGUUUUGUAAUACUACAAGCUGUGGUAUUUAAAUUUGA